GGCUGCAGGGGACAGACAGGAGCGUGUGUGACACUGCAGCAGUGGGAGAUUUGUGAUCGGUGCGCGGGUGGACUUGAGAAGUGAGUAGAAGUGGUGAUCUAACGAGUGUCGGCUGACCCGCGCACUGACCUGCGUAGCAGCGCGGAUAUCGCUCGCGAUGAACGUCAGUGGCAAACGGAAGCCCUCCUCUUCCUCCAGUAAGAGUGAGGAGGAUGACAUUCCCCGGAUCCGGGAGCCGGAGUCGGGCGCGGCGGCGGCCUCCGACACGGCCGCUCCCGCGGAGCCGGAGGGAGCCGUGGGAGCCAGCGCGGAGCCGGCGCAGCCGGUGCCCCAGCAGCUACCGCCGCCGAGCACGGCCGGUAUGUGGCCCGGCGCGCGACAGGGCACCCGCACCAAGACCUCGCACCAAAAGAAGAAGAAGAACGUGGUGUCGGUGGACCAGCCGCCCGAGGUCAAGGACGAGCCGGUCACCGGGUCAGCGAGGCCGCGACAAAAGCAGAGAGAGCCUCUGCCGAUGAAGCUGCGGGCGCUGCCCCAGUCGUUCUGGCUCCAGCCGAACGACAACAGCACUUCUCCGAACACGGGGUCGCUUCCACCGCUCGUCACAACGUCCAAGGACGCGCAGGACAUCAAUGAUGUGGCCCCGAUCACCCCUCCCGACCAGCGGAGUCUGCGGCGCUCUCCCGAGCAGACUCGGAGUGUGAGCGAGGGUAACCCGGACCUGCUCUUCUCACUGUUUGACGCCGUCAGCCACGCCGGGGAGAAGAAGAGGAUCACGCUGUGGAAAAGGAACAAGUCAAAGAAGCCGUCAUCGACGGACCUUCCCCAUGACGAGGACCCGUACAUGAGCAGCUCGGCCACCGAGUCUAUACUGCCUCUGCUGCCUGACCGGUCCAGCGGUUCGGGGACGCCCUCCAAUAGGGGCACCCAGAUUCUGUCUGUGGUACAAAUCCCCGGCACCACGGACCGUGAGACCAUCUGUCUGCCUUCGCUGAGCGUGGAGCACAACUAUGCCAACAUCCUGUCACAGCUGGUAAUGAAACUGUGA